AUCCGAGCAUCGGUCCAAUAAGAUUAAUUAGGGUUUGGACAUUCAAAGGACUCGUCGGCGCUCUUCCUCGCAAGAAGUUUUUGUGCGGAGCGGCGAUCGCCUGUUUAAUCUCCCCUACCGAUGACUAAGCGCACGAAGAAGGCUGGCAUUGUCGGAAAAUACGGUACCAGAUAUGGUGCUAGUUUGCGCAAGCAAAUUAAGAAAAUGGAAGUUUCACAGCAUGCUAAGUAUUUCUGUGAGUUCUGUGGAAAGUUUGCUGUGAAAAGAAAAGCAGUUGGAAUUUGGGGAUGCAAAGACUGUGGAAAGGUUAAGGCUGGUGGUGCUUAUACCUUGAACACUGCGAGUGCUGUCACUGUGAGGAGCACAAUUCGUCGUUUGAGGGAGCAAACUGAAUCGUAGUGCAACAUAUUGUCUUUAAGAAUUUCGGUCUGAAAGAUGUCUGAAACUAAGUAGACAAAGCAAGUUGGAACAAGUUUGUUUUCUAAGUCAAUAUUUGAAGAUUGGAUUGGACAAGCACGCUUAAUUUAUUGUUGUCGAGUUACUUGAAUUGGCAUCUGGUUUGUUUGAUUA